AUGAUUAAUUAGAUACAUCUUAAUGAUAUCGAAUUAAUCUUAACAUUCUAGAAUCCAGAUAGUUUUGAAUAAAUCAAGGACAAAAUUAUUGAAACUAAUUAAUUUCCAAAAGAAGCUGUUUCUGAAAUUGAAAUAAAUGGUAUUAAAUACUCAAGCUAAUUUGUAUUGAACCCUUAAUCAAAAUUUCCUAUUAAAGAAAAUUUUCAAUUUAAAACAAACAUUGGUUUCUUUAAUAGACUUUCCAAGACUUUUUAUCUUAAUGUAGAUUUAUGUGAACCAAUAAAAAAAAUAUUAAUGGAUAUUAGAAAUUCAAUACUUACUAUAGAUUAUUCUGUAAAUAUUGUUCAAUCUAAUAACUUAAUUUACUUGAAUUCUUACUAAGAAAUUCCAUAAUAACUUGAGUUCAAUUUCGAAGCGAACUUCUAUAUUGAAUUCAAAGAAAUUUAACAUAAUUUUAAAAUUAAUCCUUUUGAAAUGAUCAAAGAUAUUAAACUUAUGAUUUCAUAACUUUUUAAGAUUGAAAUUGAAUUUUCUCUUUCUUAUAACAAUGUCAAAUUAAAUGAAUAAGAUUAAUAUUUGGAUUAUCAUAUUCCAGAUUAUUCAAAAAUAAAUAUAGAUUUAUAAAAUCGAAUCAAAAUCUUUCUAAAAUAUAACAAUAUUGUUCAUUAACAUUCAAUAUUAUCUAAUUAGAAAUUGGGAGAAUUCAAAUGUAGAAUGAGAAAAAUUUAUAAUAUUCCUUUAAAUUAAGAAUACUAAUUAUUAUUUCAAAAUAAUCCUCUUGAAAAUAAUCAAGAAUGUAUUUCAAAUAUUUUUUCUGCAGAUGGCUCUCAUAUAAUUUUGAAAUUAAUUUAAAAGGAAAUUUAAUUAACCUUAUAGGAUUUAAAUUCUUAAGAAAAAUUUAAUUGUUAAGUUUAAUCAAUUGACUUAGUUUCUUCCUUAACUAAGUAAAGUUUUUUUUUAAAUAAGUAGGUCAUCUUUUAUUAUAAUAAAUAGAAACUCAUAAUGACUCAAAGAUUUGAAUAAAUUCAAUUUAAUUCAGAUAAUUUCAUUAUUAAUUAUCGUAUAAUAGAUGAAUUUCUCAUUUAUUUUUCUUGCAAUAUUGAUCAAACAAUUUAUAUAAAAUAUUUCUCAGAAGAAAAUACCCUUUAUGAUGCAAAAUGCAUAUUCGCCUAGAGUUUAUAAAAAUAGACGACUGCAAUUUCUAUUUUUUCGUAAGAUACCUAAUUAAAAGAUGACCAGCUAAUUAUCCAUUUUAAACAAUAAGAAUUAUUUAUUUAUGAAACAAAAUUAAUUAGCUUUCAUACAAGAAAGGGAUAGGUCUUAAAAUAAAAAGUUUAUAAGGCUUGUAUGAAAGUAAAAGAAAUAAAAAAUGAUUUCUAAAGAGAAAUAUCUUAAAAACCCUGUAAAUAUGAAUUUAACUAAUCUCCAAUUGAUGAUGAAGAUAAAUUACUAUCAGAUAUUACUGAUUAAACGGAGAUUAUUUUAUAUGUUGAUUUUCAACUUAAUCUAAAACUUAUCAAUAAUGAAUUGAAAACAGAAUAAUUUAAUGUUUAGUUUCAUUAAACAGAAAUUGUCUCCUCUAUUUUCUCUAAAUUUUAAAAAGGUAAUUUACAAUACUAUUAUAAUGGUUAAUUGAUAGAUAUUAAUAAGAGUUUUAAAGAUAAUCUAAUUUAAAACAACUCUUGUAUUUAUUAUGAAAAAAUAUAUAAUUUUUAGUUUUAAUUCAUAAACAACAACUAAAUAAUUAAAAUUCAAGUUAAAUCAUUAAACACUAAAAUCAAGGAUGCUGUAUAACCAAUAUUAAAGGAAAAUCAUCCUCAAAAUUUUUAAUUUUCUUAUAAUAAUCGCUUAAUCAAUUUAGAAAAAACUUUUAGUUAAGAAAAAAUCAAAGAAGGAGUUAUAUAAAUAGAAUUAAAAAAAUUAAUCGUAAAUAUUUAUGAUAAAAAUAAAAUUUAUAAAUAUCACGUACAUCCAAAUUUAACUAUUGAAAAAUUAAAUAAAGAAAUUAAUAAUAAUAAAAAUAAAUGGUUAUUUAAAUUAGAUAAUGAUGAAAUAUUAUAAGAUAAUAUUGAAUUAUCAAAUUUAAAAAAUUCUAAUGGUGAAGUAGAGUUAAUUUACAAGGGAUAUAUUAAGCAGAAUACAAUUUUACAUUAAUAUUCGGAUGAAGUAUCAAUUGAUUUUAUUGUAACACAAAACAUUAAAACCCUUGAAAUUUGA